AUGGCCCCCAGCACCGUGGCCGUGGAGCUGCUCAGUCCCAAGGAGAAGAACCGGCUGCGCAAGCCUGUGGUGGAGAAGAUGCGCCGCGACCGCAUCAACAGCAGCAUCGAGCAGCUCAAGCUGCUGCUGGAGCAGGAGUUCGCGCGACACCAGCCCAACUCCAAGCUGGAGAAGGCUGACAUCCUGGAGAUGGCUGUCAGCUACCUGAAGCACAGCAAAGCCUUUGCUGCCGCUGCCGCCGGUCCCAAGGGGCUGCACCAGGACUUCAGCGAGGGUUACUCCUGGUGCCUGCAGGAGGCCGUGCAGUUCCUGACGCUGCAUGCGGCCAGCGACACGCACCUGAAGCUGCUCUACCACUUCCAGCGCCCCGCCGCCGCGCCCGUCGCGCCCAAGGAAGCCCCUGCCGCCGGCGCGGCGGGCCCGCUCUCGCUCACCUCCGCCAAAGCCCCGGCCCCACGACAGCCUGCCUGCGGCCUCUGGCGGCCCUGGUGA